CCCUAGUGGUAUGCUAGUGUGUGUCACUGAUUAUUUGAUUUUGAGUUUUGGUGCCGGAGAAGCUUUCUUAGAUGACAAUAAAUUUAUUUUAUUUUAUUUUUUUUUUUUACUUUAUAAUUGGCAAUUCGUCAAAAUAUUUUUUUAUUUUAACUUUUCUUUUUAA